GAAAGUUCGGAUCCAUUUUAUUCGACCAAAACCUACCAAACCAACCAGACCGACCGGAUAAGACAGCUCAGCGGCUAGUUGACUGAAGUAUUCGUAUCCGCUUACGUAACCCCUAACAUACGCUCCCAAGCGCAUUAUCAUCUGAGAAACAUCUCUAUGAACUUCGCUGAUCAUUAAGAUACUGCAUAACAAGAAAACGGCAGCCACCUCAAGUCAUUUCAAUUGAGUAGCGCAGAGUGCACUUUGAAUGCUGAGAAUCUUCGUCGGUAUCCUCCGCUGACUCAUCGUCGUACGAAACCACAUGAUGCCUUGACCUGUCAUUCCCAUACGCAUCGGUCGUCAAAUCCAUGGACUUAGCCUCUCGAUACAAUUCUGGCAACAAACUCCCAAUACUCAAAGUCUUGUUCACAUUUUGCCUCUCCAAGUCACUCAACAACUUCAUGACGAAACUCGCGGUCACCUCAUUGAACAAAUUCUGUGCGAAAUACCGUUCAAGACCAAACCUUGUGCAAGCUGUCUCGACUUGCCCUUGUCCAUGAUAUAACAGCAUGCAACAAGCAAUAAAAUGAUUUGCUAAAGCUGAAAACCUGUUGACAAAAUCCGAAGUCUUUUCCUCUGACCCUUGUAUGGUACUUUGAAUCUCACCCAAAAUAUACUGCGAGUGCGACAACGACAAACACUCCUUCACCAGCAACGAUUUGAAUGAUUCCCAAGUACCUUGUGUG